ACCCGUCAUCGGUGAGUUGUGGAAAAUGCUAGUCUUGGAUUGUUGGAACUGAUUGUUUGUCACUCUCCUUCAGUAAUACUCUCCUCUCCCGUGUGGCGUCCAUUCUUUCGUGGUGAAGAUGAAGAGUUUCAAUCUGGUUUCAGCGCUCUUGCUGGUUGCCUCGGCGGUAUCCUCGCUUGGUGCUGAGAGGAAAGACUGGGCAGUGCUGGUUGCUGGAUCCAAAAGCUAUAUAAACUACAGACACCAGGCCGAUGUCUGCCACGCAUAUCAGAUCCUCCACAACCGUGGCAUCCCCGACGAGCGCAUCAUCGUCUUCAUGUACAAUGAUAUAGCAGAAAACAGCGAAAACCCUACCCCUGGUAUCCUGAUCAACUACCCUAACGGCUCUGAUGUCUACCAUGGUGUUCCAAAGGAUUACCAGGGCAGCGAUGUCAAUCCAGAGAAUUUUCUCAAUGCCAUCACUGGCAACAAGAAAGCGAUGCUGGGCAUUGGAUCAGGAAAAGUCUUGGAAAGUGGUCCCGACGAUCACGUCUUCAUCUACUUUGCCGAUCAUGGAGGACCGGGUCUUAUUGGUUUUCCUUCCAGUUUUCUUUACGCAGAUGACCUGAGCCUCAGUUUGCAUCGAAUGUACAAGCGCAACAUGUACAAGCAGCUGGUUUUCUACUUGGAGGCCUGUGAAUCAGGCUCCAUGUUCACACAGGACCUGCUGCCCAAGAACCUCUCAAUUUACGCUAUGACUGCCGCAAAUGCUUCCCAACCCUCACUUGCAUGCUAUUUUGAUAAGACUCGAGGGAUAUACCUUGCAGAUGUGUUCAGUGCCAAAUGGAUGGAGAAUACAGAACAGAAUGGCACUAAUGAAGAUCUCUUUCGCCAGUUCCUAGAAGUGAGAAUGGAUGUGUCCACUAGCCAUGUCUCUAGAUUUGGCGACUUUGAAUUUGAAUCUGAGGAGAUUCAAGAAUUUAUUGGUGGUGUGCAGGGAAAUACUAUCGACAAGCAUAUCAUGACCAUGACCGGAAAGCCGGCAGCAUCAACUGCCGCAAUCCAAUCGCCAGACAUUAUUCCGGCCACCCUUUACCAUCGCCUGGCAGCUGCAAGCACUGAAGUGCAGAAAGCAAAGCUGCGUUCUCAACUUGCCGAAGAGCUGACUCUUCGUAACAAAAUCUCUGAAGUCACACGGCAGAUUGUCAGCGGUGCAGGUGCUGCCAGCAAUGACGUGGUCAAGCAGAUCCUGACUGCUAAGGCCCAGCCCCGUGACUAUGGCUGUCUUAAGGCUGUGACGACAGAGUACAGCGAGAAGUGCUUCAGUCUGCCGCAGACUGAUUUCGCUCUUCGUCAAGUCCAUCCUUUGGCUAACAUGUGUAAUCACAAGAGUUUCUCCACAUCUGGGAUUCUCGCCUCUAUCCGCAAGGUUUGCCAGAAUUGAUUCGAGACAAUACAAAUCAGGCUGUCUCUGCUUCAGCAUUUCCCUUGAUCUUCCACUUUCCUUUCUCAAAUUUGUUCCGCACUUGAAAAUGGCAAUGUGAUAAUGCUUUGAGCAAUAAAUUCAUGCAAGUUCUCAACA